AUGUUUGAGUGGGCUAAGAGGCUGUCGGUGAAAUACGGGUCCCUUAGCUCUGUGGUUUUUGUAGUAAUUUUGUUUGUGUACCUGGGUGCAACUCCAUCAAAAUCCAAUGGUGCAAAGGGAAGCAAGAAGAAAUGUGCCGACUUCUGUGGGAAGGCUAUCAAUUGUCUGGAUAUUGGAGGUGAAAGUUCUACCCUUAUAGCAGCUGGCGGUUCUGACCCUAUAAUUCGGAUAUGGGAUCCUCGAAAACCAGGGAAAUAUGAUCCUAUCUUUCAAUUGUCGGGACAUAAUUCAUGGAUUUCUUCUUGCAAAUGGCACAAUAAAUCAUGGUUUCACUUGGUUUCUGCAUCAUAUGAUGGAAAAGUUAUGAUAUGGGAUCUGAGAGCUGCGUUUCCACUGCAUGUGAAUGACUCGCAUAAGAAUAAGGUGUUGUGUGCUGAUUGUGGAGUGAUCAAGCAAAGAAAUCAUUGCAUUGGCUUUUCCAACAAACUUGGCGUUGCUGUUUUCCUAGUAUAA